AGUAACAUUUGACAUUUUUGAAGGAAGGCUGAAAAUAAAGUUCGCGCCGUUAAAAACAGAAAUCUGUAAUCAGAGUUCGUCUAAGCGAGAAACCAACGGAUUGUUUUGAAAAUGUGGGGUUGUCCAACGGUCGAUUUGGGUCGUUGGUGUUUUGUCAGACGGUAAUUAUUUUAAUUUUGUUUUGUAAAUUGAAUUUUCAACGUUAGUACCGCAACUGUGUAAUUAUUCAAGAAGUAUUAUUUGAGUUUAUUAAAUAUCCACAACAUUAAAAAAAUAUAUACUUAAAUACCAACUAUUCGAGUCUGAACGAAAUUAACAUGGAUUUCAAAUACAUAAAUGAUAGGAAUAAAACUCCUAAAGCUAAGACUGAGAUGUUUUCGAGCACCGGGUCCUCCGAUAGCCCUUUUAAGUUGUUACCGAAUUAUUCGACUCCCCCAUCGAGGUUCUGUAAGAUAGUGAAUCCAUUCGAGCGCCAUUUGAUUGAUAGACUACACCUCCCCACGUUCAGUCCGUCCGUGUUUGCCAAAGUUUCCACCCCCAAGAGCGAAGAAAAGUUCAAGUGGACCAUAGAUGAUAUAUCGAGUCUGAAACCAGCUGACAUAGACGAGGAAACGAUAAGCCAACACGUUUUCGAAGAGGACCCUCAAAUCGAGUCGAUGGUUCAAGAGAAGAUCGAUAAGUUCUUCAGCGAGAAGGUGAUAGUUCCUAGCCCCAUGACUGAGGUUGUAAGAGUUCCUCUCGUCGCAGAUGACUUCAAAGAUUCCCCUAGCUCACCAAAUGUGAAGCAGUAUUCUCAAAAUUCCGCCCAGACUGUGUUAACUUUCCCCCCGACUCUACCUCCCCACGUAGAAGAGGUCCUGAAACCGUACUUCACGCACACCGAAGAUCAACAAAAGACUACUUCUGAUAUGAAAGACACCUCCCUGUAUCGCCACUUGUUUGAGUUCGAUCAAUCCCCGAACCGAAGUUCAGGAACACCUUCCUCUGUUGAUACCUCUCCCGCCCUGUCUACGGGAAUGUCCCCCAUACAAUACUCCCCAUUCGAAUCCCAUUCCAAUAAGAGGGAAUCGCUUCCUAGCGAUAUUCCCGAACUUCGCGAAUGUAGCCUUUCUCCGAUCCUCAGAUCAAAAGAGUCCAGGUCUGCCUGUCGACUCAGUUUCUCCAGCAAGAUGGGGAUGAGUGUAGAUUCUAGUCUGAUUGUGCCUGAUAUUGCUGAUCAAAUGUCAAGUCAGAGUGUUUUUACUGACUCCAAGGACAAUUCCCUGCAACCCAUCGAACUCUUGAGCGACUCUACAGUUAAUUGGGAAAUGGAAUACCGACACGUGUCGCUGGUGUCACGCUCUAGUAGUCCGGAUUCGGAAAAAAUGGACGUGUCCAACUCGAACACGCCCCAUUCGAAAAUCUUCACUAGUCAGAGAAAAAGGCUGAGUCACAGCUUCAAAGACGAAGACGACUAUGACAAGGAGAAUGAAAUGCCAACCGAGAACAUACGUCAGAAUAGAAAACUAUUCAAGAAUGAUGUUACGGACGCUGGCUACCACACCAACACCGCUACUUCCUUCGAUGAGUCUGUGUAUACUUCCAAUGUGUUCGCCUCCACCCCCACGAAAAGGAAAGAGGAUAACCAGUAAAAUUGUUUUUAAUAUAGAAAAGUAAUAUUUGUUCUUGGGCUGGGCUUACUAGAAACAACUUGUUUGUAUAUUUCGGAGAUUUAUUUGGGGGGAGAUUUUUCGUUGGGGAUAGUUCGAGGUGAUAAGACUGAUUGAUUUAUUGUCGCUGGAAAACCCAACUAUUUUCACAUUGCUGAGGGUUCUUGUCUUUUCAAGAUUUCUUGUAUAUUAAGUUUUAUGGUAGAGUUGACAAUUACUUUCUAUGAAUUUUUCUCUAAUGUAAGACUAAAUUUCUUUUGUGCCAACUUGAAAAUGCUCUCUUUGUUUUGGGACGUUUUGAUAUUCUGAGAUCUCCUUCAGGUACUGCCACGUAGAUGCGUGAAAAUCUAUUUAUUUUUCCUAUUAUACUGUCUUAUAUUUGAUUUAUUUUGGGAGAAACGUUCAAUUGAUAUUUGUGUUUUUCUCGAAAGCUGAGUUUUACAUAUCGUUUUAUAUAUUUUUUUGAGUGUUUUGAGAUAUUUUGGAAUUUAUUGAUUGUAGAAACAGAACAUAUAUUAUGUAGUCCAUAAUGUGCAAUUUACAGUAAACUAUACUGCCUU